UUGUGGAGAAAAAAAAAGAAAACAGUGAAGAACAGCACACAAAAAACAGUAUUCCACACAGUAACGCGGAGACAAAGAGAGAGAACCAACCAUAGUAAAAGAGAUUACUCUCUUGGUUGGUUCGUCCUUUGUUUCGUUAUUAUUAUUAUUGUUGUUGUUGUGUUCUUUGUAGAACGUAUUAUUGAUCAGAAUCAAUGAGUGCACAAGGACAACCACAAGUUCAAGUUCAAGGGAUUGAAGAGGCGGUGCUUGAUGACAUUAUCCGGCGACUCACGGAGGUCCGAUUAGCCCGACCCGGAAAACAAGUUCAGCUAUCUGAGGCUGAGAUCAAGCAGCUGUGUACUGCUUCUAGAGAUAUCUUCCUUCAACAACCUAAUUUACUUGAACUUGAAGCCCCUAUCAAGAUUUGUGGUGACAUUCAUGGGCAGUACAGUGAUUUGUUAAGGCUCUUUGAGUAUGGAGGUUUGCCUCCUAAAGCUAAUUAUCUCUUUUUAGGGGACUACGUGGAUCGUGGGAAGCAGAGCUUAGAAACCAUAUGUCUGUUGCUUGCUUAUAAAAUCAAAUAUCCUGAAAACUUUUUCCUUUUGAGGGGAAAUCACGAGUGCGCUUCCAUUAAUAGGAUAUAUGGAUUUUAUGAUGAAUGUAAGAGAAGGUUUAAUGUGAGGCUUUGGAAAGCUUUUACGGACUCUUUUAACUGCCUUCCUGUGGCAGCUCUUAUAGAUGAUAAGAUAUUGUGCAUGCAUGGUGGUCUUUCUCCUGACCUCACAAAUUUGGAUCAAAUCAGGAUUCUGCCUCGUCCAGUUGCUAUUCCCGACACUGGUUUGCUCUGUGAUUUGCUUUGGUCUGAUCCUGGUAGAGAUGUGAAGGGUUGGGGCAUGAAUGACAGAGGAGUGUCCUACACUUUUGGCCCUGAUAAGGUGGCUGAAUUUUUAACUAAACAUGACUUGGACCUUGUUUGCCGUGCUCAUCAGGUUGUAGAAGAUGGAUAUGAAUUCUUUGCAGACAGGCAACUUGUGACAAUAUUUUCGGCUCCAAAUUACUGUGGUGAAUUUGACAAUGCUGGUGCAAUGAUGAGUGUGGACGAGAACUUAAUGUGCUCCUUCCAGAUUCUUAAACCUGCAGAGAAAAAAAAGUUCGUGAUGUCAAACAAGAUGUGAUGGUUGGCACAUCACUAAUCCUUAAUUAACUAAGAUGUAUUCGUCAGGUUAAAUUAAAAAUCUGAAGACGUAGAUUGCAUGGUCCGUUAUAUCGAUUCCAAGGUGAUGCUGAUCAAAUUUAACGCUAAGUCCAUCUAAUAUUCAGGCAGUGGUUGUAGUAUACUGGUUAUAGGAUGUUAAAGCACCAAUGAUUGGCCAUAAAAGCGAAGUUUUUUAUUUAUUUAUUUAUCCUUUUAUUUAGCUUUUUUAAAAAUUAUUAUUCUACAACACGAUAUGUAUAUACAUGUGUUGUCGAUGACUAUGGGAAUGACCUACUUUGUUCUCAAAGAUAGUCUGAUUAUUAGACUAUCAUUUGUUGUGUUGUGAUGAUUCUCACCGAUUUUAUUUAGAUAAAGAUGUCAUUGGUGGAUUA